AUGAACCAACCAAGUAUCAUAAUUGGUACCGAUGAGGAAUUGGCCCUAGGAUAUCAGUUCCCAUAUAAAAAGGUAUGUGAGUGGCUUACAAACCAGAAUGAAUGGCAAAAAUAUGCUCCAUCGCCAAAAGAUACACCACAGGGGAAGACAUGGAAAGCAGUAUUACAAAUUAUAGAUGUGGCUAGCAGGUUCAAAGCGAGUAUUUCUCUCAUAUUGAAGAAAAGUUCAGAGGUUGCUAAAGCAUUCAGAAAAAUUUAUGAUAAUCCCAAUAACCCUCUUACAUACCCGACACUUUUACAAUGUGAUAAUGCAAUUGUAGAGAGAUUUAAUAAAACUUUAGCAGAGAUGCUUUACAAGAUUCAAUAUGCUGUCGAAA